AUGGCCCAAGAACAAUUAGAGCGAAAAAUUUACGAAAUAACCAAAAAUAUUCCUUCCGGAAGUUUGUCGGUCGAAGAAGGAAUAAAAGAGGCUCGUAAGAAUAAAACUAUUUUAGAAGCCGCUAAGCG